AUGACAAACCCUGAGCAAUGGAGAUAUGUUCCCACGAAGGAUAAUCCUGCUGAUCACUUGACAAGAGAGAUGGUAGCAUCUGCGUUGGCAAACAGUGAGCAAUGGUGGAAAGGACCAGAAUUCUUGGAAAUGGCUGAGGAUGAAUGGCCUAAUAAUCAAUUUGAGAUGUCAAUGGAAGCAGUAUCGGAGCAGAAGAAGUCUGGUCGUUCAAAGAUGAAGUCCGUAACAGAAAAUCAUGAAGAGAAACAAUCAUUGUUUGCUGAUGCAGUUAGCAAAAAGAAAUCUACGACUGGUGAACAAGUGGAACCAAGUAAACUGAUGAAAGCGGGUAAGGAGAAUUCUUGGUAUUUGGAUCCUUCUCAUUUUUCAAGCUGGCUUCGACUUACAAGACUUGUAGCAUGGGUUUGCCGUUUCUUGGACAACUGUCGAACAGCAAAAAAAGAAAGAAUUAAUGGAGAAUUGACAUAUGAAGAGAUCAAAGAUGCAGAAAUUCAUAUCAUUCGAGACGUGCAGCAAAAUGCAUUUGCAACCGAAUACCAGCAACUGUUGAAAGGAAAGCAAAUGAAGAGUGACAGCAAAUUGAUUGUGUUACAGCCACGAAUCGAUGAAGAUGGACUUCUACGGUGUAAUGGAAGAUUGAGGUAUGCUGACUUCCUGCCAUACGAUGCAAAAUAUCCUAUUAUUCUACCAAGGAAGAACUGGGUUACAAAGCUGAUCGUGAAAUUCUAUCAUGAAAAGGAUCAUCAUGCAGGUGGCACAAAUCAGACAUUGGCAGCUAUUUCGAGUCGUUUUUGGAUAAUUUCAGCAAGAGAAGAGAUAAGAGAAUGGGAAAACGAAUGCAACUGGUGCAAAAGACGAAAGGCGAGGGCAUGCAGUCAGAUCAUGGCACCCCUACCAAGCAUUAGAUUGGCAAUGUCAUUGCGAGCCUUUGAAAGAGUAGCUGUAGAUUAUGGAGGACCAUUCAUCACCAUGCAAGGGAGAGGUAAGCGAAGAGAAAAACGAUAUCUUUGUCUUUUCACAUGCCUAGCUACCAGAGCAGUACACUUGGAAAUGGCAUUUGCCCUGGAUACUGAUUCAUUCUUGAAUGCCUUUUAUCGAAUGGUGAGUCGUCGUGGGAAGCCUGAAGAAGUUGUUUCUGACAAUGGUGGCAAUUUCGUAGCAGCUGACAAGGAGCUACAGGAGCUCGUUAAAAGAUUGGACCAGAAUCGAAUCAUCCAGAGUGCUGCAAAUCGUGGUAUCAAAUGGCAUUUCAAUCCUCCUUUGUCACCACAUUUUGGAGGAGCUCAUGAAAUUAUGAUCAAGGCAGCAAAACGUGCGUUGAAAGGAAUCCUGACAGAUGCAAAUGUGUCCGAUGAAGAGUUGAUGACUGCCAUCACAGGAGCAGAAUCGUUGCUGAAUUCAAGACCGCUGACAUACCAGACAGCAAAUGUGGAUGAUGAUGUGCCUUUGACCCCGAAUCACUUUCUCCAUGGCCAAAUGGGAGGCAGAUUUGCACCAGAAACGGUAGACCAGACAAUGUUCAGUCCAAGGAAACGAUGGCGACGUGUUCAAGAACUGGUGAAGCACUUCUGGCAACGUUGGUUGAAAGAAUGGCUACCAGGACUAAAUCCAACGACAAAAUGGCACAAAGAGAAGAAAAAUUUGAAGGUAGGGGAUAUUGUUAUUGUUAUAUCGCCUGAUAGCCCCAGAGCUCAUUGGCCCCUUGCAAAAGUCACCCAAGUAUUUCCUGGAAAAGAUGGAAAAGUGAGAGUGGCACAAGUACAACUGGGAAAAAAGCUAUUGCAGAGACCAGUGACAAAAUUAUGCCUUUUGGAGCAUUGUUGA